UGUAAAGCAGCGCCGAGUGUCGCGCUGCGCUGGGCAGGGAGCGGCGGGGGCUGCGCCACAACAGAGCGGGGCCCGCCCGGCGCAGCGGCGGCACCGGCACCGGACCGGGGGCAGCGGCCGUACCGGCACCGUGAGGACGCUGCGGCCUCUCGAGCCGCGCCGGGCAACGCCGCGGGGUCACUGCGGCGCCCACCGGGGCCGCUUCUCCCCCUCGGCCCUGCGCAGGGCGCCGGCGGCACCCGCCCCUUCCCCCGCGGCCUCGCUGUCUCAGGCCUUUCUUAAAUCUUUCCAUGUCUAAAUGGACUCCUGAAUGUAAUAUAGUUUAUACUCUAAAAGCGGAUAUGAAGAGUGAAGUUCCUUCUGAUGCACCAAAGAGACAGGAGAGUCUGAAGGGGAUCCUCUUGAACCCUGAGCCUAUUGGGGCAGCCAAAAGCUUCACUGCAGAAGUUGAGAUGAUUGCCAGUAAAGUAGGGAAUGAGUUCUCUCACUUGUGUGGUGAUUCUCAAAAGCAAAAGGACAUGAAUGGCAACCAUACAGACCAAGAAAAAGGUAUUGUGGUGCGAAAAAAGCGCAAGAGCCAGCAGGCUGGUCCUUCAUACACUCAAAACUGUCCUGAUAAAGAAAAUAAAGGAAUCUUGGGAUUGAGACAGCAUCUAGAAACACAGAGUGAAGACAAUGAUUCCUCUUUUAGUGACUGUAUCUCUUCACCUUCAUCUAGCUUGCAUUUUGGAGACUCUGACACAGUAACAUCUGAUGAAGAAAAGGAUGGUCCUGUGAGACACCCUCAGGCAGUGUUGAAUACUCCAAGUAGAACUCACAGUGCAAGGUCACAAAAGUGGCCUCGGACUGAGGCAGACUCUGUACCUGGGUUAUUGAUGAAAAGGCCCUGUUUUCACAACAGUUCUUUGAGAAGACUUCCAUAUAGGAAGAGAGUUGUGAAAACAGGUUCAUCACAGCGGACACAGAACCAAAAAGAGCGAAUUUUAAUGCAGAGGAAAAAGCGGGAGGUGUUAGCUCGAAGGAAGUACGCUUUGCUCCCCAGCUCCAGCAGCUCCAGUGAGAACGAUCUCAGUACUGAGUCUUCUUCCAGUUCAUCUACUGAGGGAGAGGAGGACUUGUUUGUGUCACCUAGUGAGAACCACCAGAACAGCACAGCUGUUCCUUCAGGAAGCAUUGAUGAAGAUGUUGUGGUGAUUGAAGCAUCCUCCACUCCCCAAGUCACUGCUAAUGAAGAAAUAAAUGUUACCUCAACAGACAGUGAAGUGGAGAUUGUCACAGUCGGUGAAAACUACAGGUCCCGUUCUGCGCUGGGACACUCGAGGUCGCACUGGGGACAGAGCUCCGGCUCGCACGCUGGCCGGCCCGCGGAGCAGCGCUCCCGCAGCAGGAUCUCCACUGUCAUCCAGCCCCUCAGGCAGAACGCCGCCGAAGUCGUGGACCUCACCGUGGAUGAGGAUGAGCCGACAGUCGUGCCAACCACAUCAGCUCGAGUGGAGCCGCAGGUCGUGAGUUCUGCUUCCACCACCAGCUCCAGUACGUCUACCUCAGAGCAGGCCUCUGAUGCAGCUCCCAGCGUGUCCAGCAGCCAGCCCUCUGCAGCACCAGAGAGCACUGCCAGCCUCCCCAGUGGCAGCACUGCUGGGACCUCAACUGCAGAUGAAAUGAGAAGAGCUGCAUCUAAUUCGACACUGGAAACUGGCCCUCCGGCCAUGCCAAGGCUGCCAUCGUGCUGCCCCCAGCAUUCUCCCUGCGGAGGACCUUCACAGACUCAUCAUGCUUUGGGGCACCCACACACCAGCUGCUUCCAGCAGCACGGCCACCACUUCCAGCAUCACCACCACCACCACCACAACCCUCACCCCGCUGUCCCGCUGUCUCCUUCGUUCAGUGACUCCAGCUGCCCUGUGGAGAGGCCUCCUCCCGUGCCCGCCCCGUGUGGAGCAAGCAGCAGUUCUGGCUCCAGUUACCACGAGCAGCAGGCAUUGCCAGUGGACCUGAGCAGCAGUGGUAUCAGAAGCCACGGCAGCGGCGCUUUCCACGGGACAUCAGCCUUCGACCCGUGCUGCCCCGGCUCCUCGUCGCGCACGGCGCUCUACGGGCACCAGGCGGGCGCGGGGCCCAGCCAGGCACUGGCCAUGGACGGCUACGGCUCGGGCAUCGUGGCACAGCCGCAGCCACAGCCGCCGCCGCAGGCCUCGCUCUCCUCCUGCCGCCACUACAUGCAUUCCCCCUAUGCUUCCUUGACCAGGCCUCUUCACCAUCAAGCUUCUGCAUGUCCUCACUCUCAUGGAAAUCCUCCUCCACAGCCACAGCCUCCACCUCAAGUGGAUUAUGUUAUCCCUCAUCCAGUGCAUCCCUUCCAUCCUUCAAUCUCCUCCCAUGCAUCUUCUCAUCCUGUUCCACCUCCGCCACCAACUCAUCCCUUGGCCAACGCAGCUGCUCCGAUACCACAGCAUCUCCCUGCCACACACCAGCCAAUCUCCCAUCACAUCCCUGCAACAGCACCUCCGGCACAGAGGCUGCAUCCUCACGAAGUGAUCCAGAGGAUGGAGGUCCAGAGAAGAAGAAUGAUGCAACACCCAACACGUGCUCAUGAGCGGCCUCCUCCACAUCCUCACAGAAUGCACCCCAACUAUGGUCACGGGCAUCACAUCCAUGUGCCUCAGACGAUGUCUUCCCAUCCUCGACAGGCUCCAGAGAGAUCUGCCUGGGAACUAGGAAUUGAAGCUGGUGUGACUGCAGCUACUUACCCUCCAGGGCCCCUGCAUCCCCACCUGGCCCACUACCACGCACCUCCUCGACUGCACCACUUGCAAAUAGGGGCUCUUCCUCUAAUGGUACCAGACAUGGCGGGCUACCCUCACAUCCGUUACAUUUCAUCGGGAUUGGAUGGAACUUCAUUCAGAGGCCCUUUCAGGGGCAAUUUUGAGGAGCUGAUUCACUUGGAGGAACGACUAGGCAAUGUUAAUCGUGGAGCAACACAGGGAACUAUAGAAAGAUGCACAUAUCCACAUAAAUACAAAAAGGUAACAACUGAUUGGUUCUCACAGAGGAAACUGCACUGCAAACAAGAUGGGGAGGAAGGAACAGAAGAAGACACCGAGGAAAAGUGCACCAUCUGCUUGUCUAUAUUGGAGGAAGGUGAAGAUGUCAGGCGCCUUCCGUGUAUGCACCUUUUCCACCAAGUGUGUGUAGAUCAGUGGCUGAUUACUAACAAGAAGUGCCCCAUUUGCAGAGUGGACAUUGAGGCUCAGCUGCCCAGUGAAAGUUGACACUGCUUUCCAGAACUCUUGUCCUCCCUCUCGCUCCCUCUCAUCCUUCCUGGUACUGCAGUCAACCAAAGAUGGCAUGACUUACCUGCGCAGAUUUGGAACAUUGACCCAGAGUGCUGGCUCUGCUAUAUGGUACAACUAAUGCUAGACCUACCCUUCAUGUAGAAGACAGUUGAGUUUCAGUGUAUUUAUAAAUUUGUUUGUUUGUUUUACUUUUUUUUUUUCUUUAAAGUCAUUACUGUAUUUUUGCAUGGUCCCUUGUAUUGCAUUUGUUUGCACAUAUUAUGGGCUUUGUGACCCCAAACUUGCAGGCGAGAUUAGCUGCUUUAGUAAGUAGAAUUGUGUGGUCUCUUUUUUGGUUUGUUUUAUGUAGUAUCAAGCUUUGAAAGUAUGAUUUCACUCAUUACUAACCUUGAAUUCCUUAAUUUAAUCGAUCAUAUAUAUUUUAGUUAAAAUGUAUAAAGAUCAUCUAGAAAAGGAUAAUAUUAUGUAUUGAGACAUUCCUUAAUUAGGAAAAAAUGGCUGCUGUAUAUUUACAAGAUCAGUUAUGAGUCAAAUAACAUCCUUAAUACUGGGAACAGAAUUUGAAUUAUAUUCAGUUUGACUGAUACAUAUAGCAUACUCAUCACCAGAGUUUUUUGUCUGAUUAGAUUUUUGUGUUUGUUUUUAAAAUUUCAGCACAAUGCAGAUAUAUUUGAAUGUCAAUAUUAAACAUUUAGACUGCUGUUCAGAUUGUAUUUAUCAUUUUCUUCAAUGUCUAGAAAUUUGAAUCCCUAACUUAAAUAUAUGCUGCUGUGAAACAGCUCUUAGUGAACACUAAAUGUUGAUUUCAGUUAGCUGGAUUGUAGAUACUUGCAGAUUGAAAGAAUUAUUAGAGACAUGGAAAAAGAGCUUAGAAUCUGUUUGGUCUUCUGCUAACUUAAGUUGAAGUAUCUGCGCACAUUGAGGGUUGGUUUCUUUGGGGUUUUUUUUUUUUUUUUUUGGCUGUGUUUUUUUGUUUAUUUGUUUGGGUUUUGUUGAUUUGUGUUUUUUUAAUAUAAAACCAUUCAAUAAGGACUUAAAGCUGCAGGGUUUUUGUUUGGGUUUAUAUACAUGAAUUCAUAGAAUUUCUAAGAAUUCCAGGCUUGUCUUGGGAUUUUUAUUAGAUUUAAAGUUAAUAAAGUUAGCUAAAUCCACUUGUCUCUUGUUUUUAUUUUUCAUUAGUAAGUUGAAAGCCUGUAAAUUCCUGUAGAAACUGAGACACAAAUUGUGUGGUUCCCUAGUUUUUGCCUUGAUCAUAGAUUCCUUCUUUAUAAAUUACCAACAGUCCAUCACUGAUUGAAAUAUUUUCUAUAGUUAAGAUUUGCUGCAUAAUAUAGUAUAUAGAAUUAAGUUAUAAUGUACUAACAUUUUGCCUUUGAAGGAGGUUUUAAUUCCUAUCAGGAUUCAAGUUGCUCAUCAACAUUCUUUCACAUCUGAUAGAUAUAGUUUAUUUAAAUGUGCUCAACAUUGCAAAAUGCAAAUGUACAAAAACGUUGAGACAGUGUUACUGUCAUUCUGGAAAGGAUGUUCCUUGGGGAUCAUAUAUGAACAUGUCAAUUUAGCUUGCAUUAAGCCACCUGCUUUGUAAGUGGAUUGAAUAAUAAAUACCUUCAGUUUCUCUUGUCUUUGUCUUUCAUGAUCAGAUUACAUGUAAAAUGGUUUACAGUAAACGUAGAAGAUAAACUGUUAUGUUUACACUAAAAAAUCCAUUUAUAAAUAUUACCUUAUCUAAUUUGAUGCCUGUUUCUGUAUGGUUAAAGCUGCUUCCCUUUAUUUUUUUUACCUGUUAGUAGUAGCAUUUGCGAGUACAGUGUCUAUUGCUGGCAACAAACUCCACACCUCUGGCACUGAGGCUUUAAACAGAGAGAAAUUUUAUUCCAGCAUGUGAGAGAAACUGACCUUUCCAAGCUUAAUUGUAUUGCUAAAACUGAACUUAAAACCACUUUGCGCUUGUAUGAUGGGGGAUACGGGAGAGAGGCAGCACAAUUGGACUGCUUCAAAACCUGACUUGGGUUUAUGUGAAAGCUUCUUGAACAUUUUGACUGUAGGAAACUGAAAGUGACUGCAGAGUUGAAGCUGCAUUAAUUUAGUCAUUGCUAAGAAUGAAUAAAAGUAACUGAAGGACUGAACAGACACUUUGUGUUUUCCAGUGACUUUGAAAAGAAGUUAAUUGACCACUAAUGCUUGAGGACUGAUGAUACUGGUUUCUAAAAGUUUCCAAGAAGGUACUUGAGAGAUAUGGGACAAAACCCCCAGGGCCUCUGAAGUGACUGAGACCCUGGGUCUGUGAUAGAAUCUAUUUUGGCUUCCUUACAGGACAAAGAAGCACAGGUUUGGGGGAUUUUUUUUUUCUUUUUAAGGAAAUAUUUUAUGGGUCUAAUUUGAGUGCCUGGUACUAGAGGUAUUUUAGUGAUCCAUGAAUUGAUUUGUUAUAUAAUAGCUACUGAUACUGUCUUGCUUUUUAAUGUAUGCAUAACAUUGUAAUGUGAUGCUGAACACUUAGGUAUUUGUCAGGAAUCAGUGUUCUGAUCUUAAUGCUAUUGCAGGGGCUAAAAAGCUGCAGCUUACUUCUGUUCCAGAAGGUUGUGACUUAACCAUAGUUUAAGGGAAGGAGAAGGAAUAGGCUUGUCAUUUUGAAAAUUUCCACCACUUACUGUGCUUUAUAUGCUUAGAUGCAUUGCCUUAAGUUUUCUGCAGCAUCUUUGAAAAUAAGAUUCUCAACAGUAUGCAUCAAAUUACUUUUCAUAUAAAAUUCCAUUGUCAAAAGAAAUCCUUUUGUAUGCAAUAAAUAAAAUGUUAGACUGGUAUC